CUGGCUCGGGCGGCAGCGGCGGCUGUUGCGGAUGGGAGCGGGCCGGUUUGGCGCGCCUAUGGAGCGCCAGGGCAGGGCUGCCGCCACCUCAGCCGUGUCCGGCGAGUCUGCGGACUCCGAAGCGCGGAGGCGGGAGCCGCUAAGGCGCCGGGCGAGUAGCGCGGCGCCGUCGGGGUCCGGGGCAGCAGAGAGCAUAAGACGGGAGCGGCCCGGCUCCCUCGGCGGCUCCACCUCGGCCGCCCGCCCGCGCGCCGAGGGCCUCCGGAAGAGGCGGCCGCUUUUUCCGUGGUUUGGCUUGGAUAUUGGAGGAACCCUGGUCAAGCUGGUUUAUUUUGAGCCUAAAGACAUCACUGCUGAAGAAGAGAAGGAAGAAGUGGAAAGUCUGAAAAGCAUCCGGAAGUACCUGACCUCCAAUGUGGCUUAUGGGUCCACAGGGAUUCGGGACGUACACCUUGAGCUGAAGGACCUGACUCUGUGUGGACGCAAAGGCAAUCUGCACUUUAUACGCUUUCCCACUCAUGACAUGCCUGCUUUUAUUCAAAUGGGCAGAGAUAAAAACUUCUCAAGUCUGCACACUGUCUUUUGUGCCACUGGAGGUGGAUCAUACAAAUUUGAGCAGGAUUUUCUCACAAUAGGUGACCUUCAGCUUCGAAAACUGGAUGAACUAGAUUGCUUAAUAAAAGGAAUUUUAUACAUUGACUCCGUUGGAUUCAAUGGACGAUCACAAUGCUAUUAUUUUGAAAACCCUGCUGAUUCUGAAAAAUGUCAGAAGUUACCAUUUGAUUUGAAAAAUCCAUACCCUCUGCUUCUGGUGAACAUCGGCUCAGGGGUUAGCAUCUUAGCAGUGUAUUCCAAAGAUAAUUAUAAGAGGGUCACAGGCACCAGUCUUGGAGGAGGAACUUUCUUUGGUCUCUGCUGUCUUCUUACUGGCUGUAGUACUUUUGAAGAAGCUCUUGAGAUGGCGUCUCGUGGAGAUAGCACCAAAGUGGACAAAUUAGUUCGAGACAUUUAUGGAGGCGACUAUGAGAGGUUUGGCUUGCCAGGCUGGGCUGUGGCUUCAAGUUUUGGAAACAUGAUGAGCAAGGAGAAGAGAGAGGCUGCCAGUAAGGAGGACCUUGCCAGAGCAACUUUGAUCACCAUCACCAACAACAUUGGCUCCAUAGCAAGAAUGUGUGCUCUUAAUGAAAACAUUAACCAGGUCGUAUUUGUCGGCAAUUUCCUGAGAGUCAACACGAUCGCCAUGCGGCUUCUGGCAUAUGCUCUGGAUUACUGGUCCAAGGGGCAGCUGAAGGCACUGUUUUCAGAGCACGAGGGUUAUUUUGGAGCUGUUGGCGCACUCCUUGAGCUGUUGAAGAUACCCUGAUUUACCCAGAGGACUUCCUGAAACCUGCCACAGGGACAUCUGUGGAUUUUUUUUUUUUAGAGACUCAAGUUUUAUGAUCGUGUACUACUCAAAUCAGAGCAAGAAAAAAAUGUAUUUUUCUAAGACAUCAAGAUAAAUUCUUAAAAUUUUGUCUAA